AAACUUGACAACCACCGCCACAGUUUGACAACUGAAAAAUUUUUUUCACGGUGUGUGCGCGAUUUAUUUAUUUUCAUUAAUCAGAGAGUGCUGAAGCAAAAUAAAUGCAUAGAAUGUGCAGAAAAUAAACAAAAAGGACAAAUGCUGUAGUAUCAUGGAGAAUUUGUGCGGUAUUUGUUUCCAACAGGCCGAGCAACUUUAUCAAGUUCCUGGCUAUCCGAUUCCUUCGUGUCUCAAGUGUUCAGAGCAGUUGGCCAUGAAGGGGCUCUCCGGUGGGGUCAAUCCAAGAGGUGGUGUUCAGGAAGCCGGAGGUAUCUCCAAUCCCACGCCAGCGCCCACAUCAAAUCAUCCCCCGCCAAAUAUGAAUGGAGUAAAUGUGAGUGAUUUCCGGAUGAGCCCCAAAGUGCCACCACCUCCCACUAAUUCCACCCCAUGUCUGGACGCAUCUCAGGAAGUACAGCAAACGCAAAUUCUUCAGCAGGGGCCCAAAAAGCACGAAAAUCUUCCAUUUGAUUUGGAGCAGACAAUUCAGAAUAUCGACAAUUUGGGAAAUUUCCUGUCCAUUUUCCAGAAUGAACUUCUCUAUGGUGAAGAAGGUUCCUGUCCACUAUGUUCAAAGACCUUCGGAAGGAAAUCAUCCCUGCUUAAUCACAUCAGGAACCAUUCAGCAGAGAAGAAAUAUGUGUGUUCAUACUGCCAGAAAGGAUUCACUCAAGCUGCCAAUUUGCGCAAUCAUGAGAGGAUUCAUACAAAUGAGAGGCCAUACGUUUGCAUUGAUUGCGGGAAAGCUUUUACCCAAGUGACAAAUUUGAACAAUCAUCGACGACUUCAUACAGGAGAAAGGCCAUUUGUCUGCAUUGAGCCAGAUUGCGGACGAUCUUUUGCCCAAGUGACAAAUCUCAACAAUCACAUGAAAACACAUCAUAAGGUACAGCAAUAUGUGUGCAAUCAAUGUCCCAGGCGAUUUAUCCAAGUGAGCCAGUUGAAUCAACAUCUGGCCCUACAUACGGGUAUCCGGGGUUUUAUGUGUCCCCACUGUCCCGAAAAGACCUUCAAACAGCAAUCCCACCUGCAGCAGCAUCUCAGAACUCAUGGACUGGAAUUUCCUUAUGCCUGUGGACGCUGUGAGGAGAAAUUUGUGCAAUUUGUUCAUUUGGAGCAUCAUAUGAAGAUGCACGAGGAGUACAGAUUCAAGUGUACAAUGUGCAAUUCAGCCUUCAAUCAGGAGGCUCUGCUGAAGAAGCACAUUCAGCGCCAUAUCGAUGGGCGGUAUAUUACUUGCCCUGUGGAAGGAUGCAGCGAAGGAUUCACAGUAAAGCACCAUCUCACACGUCAUAUGCAAUCCCACCAUUCCAUGACGAAUCAUCCUAAGCGAAUAUCUGUGAAAAGGCUGAAAAUGUCGUCCUAUUGUAGAUCGGCAGCAUCGGGAAAGUACAAUUGCUACUUUGAGAGCUGUGAAGAGUCCUUUGGGGACUCUGAUAGUCUCAAUGAGCACCUUCGGAGUGUCCAUGGGCUGUCGAUCGUUAAAAAUGCUACUAAGCGCACCAAGGUGGAUGUAUCACUGCUGGAGCACAUGAAGAAUAGUGCUGGUGUUGGUGGUGGUGUUGGUAAAAAUCCAAUGACUGAUGCUGGACUCAAUUUUGCCACACAAUUUGCCGCCGUGGCAGCAGCGGCAGGCGGAAUGGUCAGUCAGGCUGGUGGUUCUAGUGCUGAUGUACAGCAACAUCAGCAGCAGGUGCAACAGCCCGGGGAUGUUGGCAAUAAGAGGGUGCUGUCGGUGUCGGAAAUGCUGAAAUUGUCGGAGGAGGAUAUGAGAAAACAAAUGGUGGAGCGUAAGGCUCAAAUGGAACUCGAUAUGCAGAUUAAAUGCGAGAAUCUCCAAAAUUCACUCACAACACAUUCGAGAUCUCAGCAUGUGACCAACUUCCAGCCACACGGAGCUUUUCCGUUGAUCUCCAAUGGUGGUCCAGGCAUGGCAGGUGUUGUGGAUAGUGUGAAUGCAAUGAUGAAACUUGUGUGCCAUUUCUGUUUCAACAUCUUCAAGAGUCCUCAUUCCCUCGCGAGGCACAUCCAGAAGUUCCACAAUUGAUCCUGAUAGCGUGUAUGUAAAAGCUUUCUCCCCGUCAGAGAUUUGAAAGCAGAGGAAAUGUAUAUUUUGUUACAAAUGGAUAUCCCAGAGUUCCCAAAUGUUUACACAUUGUCAAUCACACUGAAGUAAGUUAUGGGAUAAGCUUAGAGAUUCUUCUUGGAUCAAUAAAGAGAAUAUUCUCUCACA